CCCUCAAAUCAGUAUGAAUAUUGUGAUUGUGAUCAAGUAUGAAGUAUUAUUUAAGGUUUCAAUGUAGUGUAUAUUCCUAAUAAAUCAUGUCGGUAUUACCAAUAACCGAAGAAAUAAUGGAGGUCGAUCAUGAUAACAAUACAGAUGAACAGAAAAUGUUUACUAAAAUCAAAUAUAAAAUUACUGGAAGGGUUGAAAAGGAGGUAGAAAAUAUACUCCAGAAAGGAGGUGCAGAGGGAUUCAGUUAUUUCUCUGACUAUGUGACACACUGCAUUGUGGGAUCUGACCCUGUAGACACAGAUAUCAGUGAUGCCACUGACCUCUACGAGGUGCCAGCAGUGUCCCAAGAAUGGGUCAUUUACAGCCAUAAGUGUGGCAAACUCUUACCUACAUCAGCGUUCAGGGGUGGUGAAAGACUGCUGUUCACAGGAGUCGUCGCCAGUUUUUCCAAGUUAUCACAAGAAGAUUGUAAAAAACUUUGGGCAAUGCUCAGAUAUUAUGGAGGUUCUUACAACUCUACGUUUACAAAAUCUACAACUCACUUGAUUGUAUCAAAACCUGAAGGGCAUAAAUAUGAACAAGCACUGAAGUGCUCAGACAUCAUUCAUGUGGUGACUCCAGAUUGGCUCUUUGACUCAGUGCGUACAUUUAGCAUGUGCGCAGAAAUAUUAUACCACCCUCGUCUUCUCAUCAUUGAGAAACCUCAGCUGAAAACAGAUUAUCAGUCUACGGCUCAUAUCACUGGAUUUGCUGACGAUGUUGUGCCAGAUGAGAACUCCAAUGGAGUUGUUCCAAGCUCUGAGAUCCUACAACAACUUAAGUUGCGAAUGCCUUGGAAUCAGCCAACUCAGACUGUGUCGUCGGUUUCGUCCACUCAGGGACCCCUCUCAUCCGUGAAUUCUACAAUUCAGAAACAAGUGUUCUCUGGGUCUCAGAUGGGGCUUCCUCACCCUCGACCAGUGUCAUCUGUACUGCAGCCUGGCCGCCCUAUCUUGCCUCAACAGCAGUUGUUACAACAGAGGGCUAUUCAGCAGCAACGACUGUUACACCAAAGUGGCAUGCAACAAUGGCGGCCACAGACUCAGGUUCAGCCCCAACAACAAAUUGGUCAAAAACCAGGUCUGCAGUUGGCAGUGCUUCAGCAACAACUUCACCAACAACAACCAGUCCAACAGCAAGGAAUGGCACAACAAACUAUUCAACAACCCCAGCAUUUGCAACAGCAUUUAACAUUGGCUCAACAAAAAACUAUACUCCAGCAACAGCAACAACCAGCACAACACUUUAUCCAUGAAAACCAGCAGCAAAGUGGUGCUUCUCAGCAACAGCAACCCCAACAACAACAACAACAACAAAUGAUGCCGCAGAUGGUGCAACAUCAAGUGGUACAACACCAACAGCAACAACAACAGCAAAGUUUUGUUACGCUGACCAACAAUAAUCAACUCAAUUGGAAUCAACAGCAGCAGCAGCAGCAGCAACAACAACAACAACAACAGCAGCAGCAGCAGCAACACCAUCAGCAGCAGCAGUUCCAACUAAGACAACAACAGCUGCAACAAUUACAACAGCAGCAACAUCAGCAACAACAGCAGCAACAACCCCAGCAGCAACAGUUGCCAAAUCAACAACAGCCUCAAAUUGAACAGAGGCAAAUCACUUGGACCCAGCAAACCCAACAACAGGGCCCACCAAGGCAGCUAAUACAUAUGGAUGCUGCCACACAUGCACAGCUACAGCAGAUGGAUCCUCAACAACGAGCCAUGUUCCUGCACAACAUCCAGAAGCAACGCCAAAUUGCCUUACAGAGGCAAAUGCAGCAACAACAACAAAGACAAAUGGUGCAGCAGCAACAGCAGACUGUGGGAGUAGGGGCAGGGGGAGCAGGCAAUACAGUGGUGGUCAGUGGCGGAUUGAGGCAACAGUCUGUAGCGGUCAUUAGAGGGCACAUUCCCUCUGGGCUGAAUCCUCAACAACAAUUGCAAUGGCUUCAGCAACAGAGGCACCAGCAACAGAUUGUCAUCCAGCAGAACACCCAGCUACGGCAACAGGUAUUGGUUCAGUCACAACAGCAGGCUGAGAGACAGAUGCCUUCUCAGCAACUGAUAACAAAUAACAACUCAGCAGUGCUUAGCCAGCCUCAGCAACCGGUGCUUCAGACUCCCUCUUGGGCUCAGCAACCCAACGAUACACAGUUACAAGGUCAAGCCGGGCCUCAGCAGCAACAGAUUGCUCAGAUGAGGCAGCAGCAGCAGCAGUUGCAGUUACACAGGUUUCAGCAGUUGCAUCAGAAGCAACAGGUGUCUACAGGUGGUGUUCGGCUUUCUCAUCCAACUACACCACAACCGAUGCUCUAUAAUAAUCAGAUGGCAGGUCAGGCUGCUGGGACUCCAAGUCAGCCGUCACUACCUCAUCAACCGUUGACUGAGCCCACUGACACAGUUGCUUCUACCUCAGAUAUCUUUUCGGGGCCUCAGGCGGGGCAGGAACAGGGGCAGUCGCAACCUGUGGUGGUGAACGCUAAAACUAAGACAGCUCUAGCAAACAUGUUGAGCAUCCGGUUACAGACCGGACAAUCCGGCUCUCAGAUGUCAAAUAAUGUGGAAGGCAGUGCUGCCGGACAGCUAAGAUUAAUGACUGCCCAACACCAUGCCCAGCAGUUGCCCCCACCUCCGCCUACUGCGCCCGCCACACCUGCUCCACCUAUAGCUCCUUCAUUGAGAUGUGGAGUGCAACAGAACCGAGUUGGAGUUACUCUGAAGACAGACUGUGGCAGGGAAGUAACACCACCAUCCAUACUGGGUCCUGCCACCAAACCUCCAUACACCCAGACCGCAGCUAGGGUGGCAGCAGUUCUAGCCAAGAGUGCUGCUGCCACUCAACCACCCCAGCACCACCAGCGUCCUCAAUUCUAUGGCCAUAAUCCUAACUUAAAAAUACCUCCAGAACUGUUCCUUCUUGGAUGUAUAUUUUUAAUAGUAGAGUAUGAUCGGACAGGGGAUAACAUUACAGAGUGGACGCAAUGCAUUACGCAAUAUGGAGGGGAGGUGGAGUCUUCUUACACACUUAGGGUCACACACAUUAUCUGCCAGACUCAAAAACAUCCUCUAGUACAACAGGGUAUCAGAGAUGCAAAGCGCUGUGUUACAGCAGAAUGGCUCAGUGAUGUGUGUCUCAAACAACAAGUCCUCCCUCCUUGGUUGGCUCUGCACUUCCCCACUCCCUAUAGUGAAGAAAAGCCAUGCCGUAAUUUGAUUAUUAGUUACUCUGGUUUUGAGGGAGAGGAACGAAGUAAAGUCAAGAAAAUGAUCGAAGCAACUGGAGCCAAAUUAACCUGUUAUUUCUCAAGUCAUAACAAUAUUUUAGUUUGUCGCAGGCCUGAUGGAGAGAAAUACAGAAGAGCCAGAGAAUGGGGCAAAUCUGUCGUGAAUGUCCAAUGGCUCAAUGAAAUAUUGUUUGGCCAUUAUUCUUGCCUACAGCAACCAGAUAGUCACAAGUAUCAACAAUACAAUUUGGGCAAUCCAUUUCGAAUUGACUAUAUAUUGGUACCACAUCUUAUGGCUGCAUGGAAGGCACCAAUUAAUGUAUCCCAACAAACAUACGAAAUACUGAAAUCCAAAGUUCCAGUCGUAAAGCGGAAAAGGCCUCGAACAAUUUAUUCUACUCAGUAUGUUGGAAAAUGUGGGAGUGAUAACAAAGACUGUAUGAUGGAAGGAGUAGAAAUCAUUAAUCCCAAUCCUCCACCACCAGAAAACCAACCUUGUGUUUUAUUCUCCGGAUGUUUUGGGGAUAGCUACAAAGAGGAUGAAAGGCGAGUGGUGAUGCUAGGAGGAAGGUUAGCACAAACCCCUGAUGAAGCAACUCACUUGAUCAUGAAUGGAGCGGGAACACUGAAGCUGUAUUGUUGCAUAUCUACAAGCAAGUAUAUAGUAUCAUCUCAAUGGCUGAGUGACAGCUUCAAUCAAUCAUCUUUCCUAGAUGAGAAUUCAUACAUCUAUUCCAAUCCUGAACUGGAGCAAAAAUAUAACUUCAAGCUGUCACAAACUUUAACAAUGCCUCAUCGCAGAACUUUAUUCAAGAACAAAAAGUUUUUCUUGACACCUGGCGUGGUACCAGGACGCCCUGCAUUAAAGCAGAUGAUAGAAUACGCUGGAGGCAUAGUUGAACGGCAAAGACGCUCAUAUAGGUUUAUCCAAGAACAGGAACCAUUGUCGUACUUCAUCAUUACAGUGGAAAAGGACCAUCAUCUGGUGGCUGACUGUCUCCGAAAUGUUGGUGUUUACCCACCCGAGUUUAUCAUGACUUGUCUGGUAAGGCAAAGUAUAGAACCUGAAGCCACAACAAUGGUCUUCAGGAAAAGUGGUGGCAAGCAGGGUCGGUGAGGCUUGUGGAAUCCUUGGAUAUCUUCUCCAGGGCAUUCUCAGUCUUCAGUGUUCUGUAAUGCUAGUAGCAUCUAUAGUGAUGUUUUUUGAAGUUAAAUAACAAGAAGAGAAGUAUAGAAAAGAGCACAAUAAUUUUUUAAUAGAACUGUUGUUGUGAAGGAACAAUAGUCUUUUUGAGAUACUGGUACAUUAAUAUCAAUCCUACGAGUAUGUUGAUCUGAACAAAUGUAACAGAAAUGUUAAUAGAGUUCAUUUAAGUAUUAUUUGAAUUAUUUAUACCAAAAAAUUGUAAAUUGUUGCUUUUGUAUAUUUUAGUUGACAGCAGGUAGAUUUGUUUUAAUUUAGUCUGAUCAACAGACAUUUGAAGUUCCAUGUUAUAUUUUUUUUAGGUAAUAUGUUUUAUAGUUUCAGUACUACCUUGCAGCAAAUCUUAAUUUAACUUUAGUUUUAUAAAAUGUUUUGAUUGUUGUAGCCCUUGUAAAACUGUAUAUAUGUAUAGACAAAAAAAAUUACACUAAGUGUGAAAAUGUGCUAAUAUAAGUGAAUAGCUUUAUGGUUAAACUGAUUAAUUGUUUCAGUUUGGUUGGAAAAUAAGAACUCCCGAACACCCAUACCAUUUUAUAGAUAUUACAACCAAAUAUAUGUACAUGUAAUAAUUAAUUAAUUACACUAAUAUGAACAACUUUAAUUAAUGUUCCCUCCAAAGUUGUGCUUCAUACUUUUGUUAACAUUCGUUGUUUUACCAUUAAAAAUUUAUUAAAUCAGUGCCAAGUCGAUUUUUAGAAAAAUUCUCCAAUGUAAGCACAGAUCUCUCUAAUGGUGUUGGUAAUAAUGAUAUGUGACGUAAUUUAAGCAAUUUUAUAGGAAGGGCGUAAUUAAGGAAUCCUCUUUAAUAUCCCAUUCAGAUUAAUCUUCUACAAUGUUACCAAAUGAGGUAUGUAUAGGACUAUUGAGCUACUGAUAGAAGUAUCUCCCAAGUGCACCAAAUACCGUAACAGUGACUUAUAUAGAACUAUAACAGUGACUCUUUAGUAUAACUAUAUGGAAAAUAUAGUCUAGACAAAGUUACAUCAGUGCCUAAAGCAUCUUAAUUUAAAAUUGUGUGUAUUUAGAGCAUUGAGAAAAUUAAUUUUAUACCUUCUAACACUAUUUAAUUGAAAUAUUUAUCAUUAGAUUUGAAAUGUAUUACCUCUUCUUUGUCAUUUUAGCUAUGAUGUUAAAUGAAUAUAUUGUAUUAAAUGUAAUAACAGUUUGAUUUCAAACGUAGUCAUAGUAUUGGUUUGUAAAAAAACAAAUAGGUACCAUACUAAAUUGUGUGUUACAUUUUAUAAAGCAAUUAAAAUGGGAGAAAUGUAUAUUGAAAGCACUGUUGUUAAGGAUGUUAAUGGAUUUAUUACAAUUGUUUAAAAUGUAGACGUUAUAUUGUAUACUACUUGUUCUUUUGUUACUGUUUAGAUGGUUUGAACUUAACACUUUGAGUGCUGCACCUCAAUACAUAACUCUAGUAUUUUGUUUGAUUUAGUAGUUAAAAAAAAUGUGUUUGUUUAAAUUUUUUUACUGUUAAAAUGUUUUAAUUAUUUAACAGAUUUAAAAAUAAACAAGUGCACUUUUUGAUAAAAUCUGUUUCAAUAAAAUAUUUUAAUAAUAUUUAUAACAGUUUGAUAACCUGCUUCAAGUGCUCAGAACAAUUUUCAAAAUUUCAUCUUGAUGAGAUGAGGCUGACGGCAAAGUCAAACUAGUGCACAGUGUGCGCAUUCUUGUGGUAAAUUAUGUUCUUAAAAUCCUUUUAGAUAUCGUAGGAUACUAAAACCUUAUGCCAAUACCUGAAGCCAACUAUAUUAAUCAAAUGAAACAUUAAUCUUUUUAUUGAAACAAGGACUCUGCCAAAUGAAGUUUCACGAUCCACACUCAAAGUGUUAAUGUACUGUCAAUACAAUGUCCAUGAGUGAAUUCUAAAAAUUAUAAAUAAGGGAGCCAUGACAACCAACAUUAUCUAAUAUUACUUCAUUUAAAACAACUUGCUAUGGUUCACAGGAAUUAGUUCAUAAGACUGUUUACUCUUGAAACGGCACUGUUAUGUUAAUCCACCUGUUUACAAAAAACUAAUCUACUGAGAGCAAGUUUUGAAAGUAUAGUAGAAAACCUCUGUGGACUACCAGAUUGUGUACUUUGUCAUAUGUUGUUACAAUUUUUAACCAUUAAGUUUUCUGUAUCUUAUACUUUGUUUUAGGUGUUAUUGUCUUAUUCAGGUAAUGUUCCAUCAUGAUGGAAACUGGUGGAUGUCUCAAGCUAUUGGGGAAUACAAUCUCCAUCGAUCCUUUAAUCAGUAAUUUUUGUUUCUACUUUAUUAGAUUAUUAUUACUUACAAUCAGUGAGAUAUUAUGUAUUAAAAUACAAUUUAUUUCUUAGUUGUGCGGUUUAUUAUUUGUCAUAAAAUAAUUUAUAUUAAUUUAUUACAUUGAUACUCAAAAGUCUACCAAGAGAGAGUCCUUAUAUUUCCAAAUAUAAGAUCAUCAUUAUUAUUAAUGCAGAAGAGUAUGUUUUGUGAAAGUGGGUAAAAAAACAUGAUUUCUGAUAGUUAUUCAUUUUUAUUCUAUGUAAUUUCCUGAGCACUCUUUGGUCUUUGAUAUUCAUGAAAUAUGAUCAUAAAUAUAUUAAAUUGUUUUGAUUAAAUCACUGGACAAAACCAUUUUGAUUCCCACAAUAAGAUUUGGGUAUGCUUAACACUUAACCAUUAAGUUUUCUGUAUCAAAUACUUUGUUUUAGGUGUUAUUGUCUUAUUCAGGAAAUGUUCCAUCAUGAUGGAAACUGGUGUGAGCUUUUAGCUGAUGUCUCAGGCUAUUAGGGAGUACAAUCUCCAUCGAUCCUUUAAUCAGUAAUUUUUGUUUCUACUUUAUUAGAUUAUUAUUACUUACAGUCAGUGAGAUAUUAUGUAUUAAAAUACAAUUUAUUUCUUAC